UCUCUCUCCACAGAUCCCCCCCACCUCCACUCUUCCUGUCCUCCUGCCCCUCAUCCACAACGCAACAGUCUCCGAGCCAUGCCACUGCGGCGUCUCGAGCUCUCCAACUUUAAAUCAUACCGUGGCGCCCAGGUCAUCGACUUUGGAGAUGAUCCCUUCACCUGCAUCAUCGGUCCUAAUGGCAGCGGCAAGUCCAACCUGAUGGACGCCAUCAGUUUCGUCCUUGGCAUCAAGUCGCAGCAGCUGCGCUCCACCAAGCUCGCAGACCUCGUGUACCGUGGGCGCAAAGCCGCCGAGGGCGCGCAAGAGCUCGGCCUCGACGUCGAUGUGCCCGAGACCCAAGAGUCGCCAUCGCAGCUGGGACCCAACGACGCGCGUAAUGCCAGCGUCGCCAUCGUCUUCCAAGACGACAAUGGGAGAGAAUGGAACUUUCGACGGACCAUGUCUGCCUCGGCAGCAGGAUCCAGCUCGUACUCGCUCAACGGCAAAACAGUGCGCUGGGAAGAGUAUAACAAGCAGCUUGAAAAGUUCAACAUUCUCGUCAAGGCCAAGAACUUCCUCGUGUUCCAGGGCGACGUCGAGAAUGUCGCGAGCCAGGACGCGAAGAAGCUGUCCGAGCUCAUCGACCGUAUCUCGGGCUCGGCCGACUACGCCGACGCCUACGAGGACGCCAAGCUCCAGCAGGAGAAGGCGAGCGAGGCGGCCAACGCCAAUCACGCCAAGAAGCGUAGCAUGCUCACCGAGGCGAAGCACUUCAAGGAGCAGACUGCCGAGGUCAAGCAGUGGGAGAAGCUCAUGAGCUCCAAGGACGCCAUGAUCCAGCGUCACCUUCUCUGGCGGCUGUACCACAUCACAAACGAGAUCAACGACUCGACACGUCGGGUGGAAGAGGCCUCGGAGCAGCUGGCUGAAUUGCGUGGCACAGUCGAUGACAAGUCCAACGACCUGAAGGAAGCGCGCAAGGCGUACGCGGCCGCGCAGCUCAAGGUCAAGUCGCGCGAGGGCUCGGUCAAGAAGGCCGUCAAGGCGCUCGACGACAAGAAGCCUGAGCUCGUCAAGGUCGAGACUGAGAUCGAGCAUUCUGAGAAGAAGGUCAAGUCGACCGCCUUGCUGGUCGAGCGCGUCGAGAAGGAUCAGAAGCGGCAAGCAGAGAGCGUCGCUGCGCUCAAGGCUGGCGGCGCUGAGAUCCGAAGGAAGAUGGAAGAGGCAAGGGCCAAGCAGCGCGAGAAGAGCCAGGCUGCAGGCCGUGCGCUCACGGAUGCCGACCUCGCAGAGUACCGCCGGCUGCGCGCUGAGGCAAACUUGCUUGUGGUCGAUGAGCGCCAGCAGCUUGAGGCGCUGCGCCGCGAGCAGAAGAGCCUGGUGUCCGCCCUCGCUUCGAUGGACGACCAGGUACAGCAGGCUGAGCGGAAGCGUUCCCGCCUCACCACUGACGUCGAGGCACUCGCGGAGCGCGAGGAAACUAUGGCUGAGAAGGUGGCCGAGAUGGAGGGCGAGGCGAAGCGGAUCAAGUCGCAGCUUGAUCAGGCGCAGGCAGAGCGCAACAGCAUCUCCAUGCGCGAGACUGAGCUUAACGACCGUCUGCAAGAGACGCUGCGCAAGCUUGUCGAAGCUGGUGCUGACAAGCGCGAGUCGGAGCGCGAGACGCGGACCAAGGAAAAUAUUGCCACUCUCCGCCGUCUCUUCCCUGGCAUUCACGGGCGCGUAAUCGAGCUGUGCAAGCCAACGGCGAACAAGUACGAGACAGCCGUGCGCACCGUUCUGGGCCGCAGUCUCGACCAGGUCGUGGUUGAGACGGAAAGGGUCGCGAUCGAGUGCAUCGAGUACCUGAAGCAGCAGCGUAAGGGCGUUUUGACCUUUGUGCCCCUCGACACGGUGCAGGUCAAGGCCGUCCCAGACAAGCUUCGCAACGUCGCUCGUGGUGCGCGCCUCGCGAUCGACUGCGUCGAGUUCGAUCCCAGCGUUGAGCGCGCGAUGCAGUACGCAUGUGGCUCCGCGAUUAUUUGUGACACGCAGGAGAUCGCAAAGUUUGUCUGCUACGAGAAGCGUAUGGAGGUAAAGGCGGUCACGCUCGACGGUACCGUAUUCCACAAAGCUGGCCUGAUUACCGGUGGUCGCGGGCAAGGCGGGAAUGGACGCAAGUUCAACGACAAGGAUGUCGAAUCGCUCAAGCAGCUGAAGGAGAAGCAACUCAAGCAGCUCCAGGAGCUGUCCCAAUCAAAGCCAAAGGAGAAGGACGACGAGGGCAAGUACAAGGCUCUGUCUCGUCUCCAAGCAGAGCUGGGUUCAGCGAACGACGACCUCUCCGCCACACGCCUCCGCUUGGAUGGUAUGCGCAAGGAGCUUGCUGCUGUUGAGAAGGACCUCAAAAAGUUGAAGCCGGAGCGCGAGAAGCGCGCCAAGGCCCUCCACGACGCUGAAAGCCGCCUCGAAGGUCUCGCUCAGACUGUCGACGCUGCCGACGACAGCAUUUUCGCUGCCUUCUGCCAGCGCAUCAAUGUCGACAACAUCCGCGAAUACGAGGAUGUACAGCUCAAGGUCGCGCGGGAGGAGAACGAGGCUCUCGAGGAGUUCAAGACCAAGGCAGCACGCAACGUCCACGCCGUCGAGUUCGAGGAGCAGCAGCUCAAGGCGACCGAGGACCGUCUCGCCUCUCUCCAGGCCACGCUUGAGCGCGAGCUGCGUAACAGCGAGGCGCGGAGUAAGCGAAAGCAGCAGGUCGAGGAGGAGAUCGAGGCGUUGCAGGCUGAGAUUGAGCGCCAGGAGGCGAAGCUGGAGAAGGCCAAGAACGCCGCUGAGAGUGUGGCCGAGGAAGUCGAGGCUGCUCGUAGUGCUUUGAAGAGUGCUCAGCGCGACCUCGACACUGCCCUCAAAGAGAUCGCGUCGUGGAACGACGAGAUUGUGCGCUCUGCUUCGGACCGGCAUGCCAUCUACCGUCGUUGCCGCCUCGAGGACAUCGACCUCCCUCUGAACCGCGGAAGCCUUAACAAGGUGCCUAUUGACGAGAGCACAAACGACAUGGCUAUGGAUGUGGACGACGGCUCGCUGCAUCCAGCACGGACAGAUGACUAUGGCAUCGAGCCCGACUUUGACCCUCUCACAGACGAAGACCGCGAGAACGACACGCCAGAGUAUGGCGCUGAGCUCGAGGCGCAGAUCGCCAAGAUGAAGGCCGACUUGGAGCGCGUCAUUCCGAACAUGAAGGCCGUCGACCGCCUUAAGGAUGUGCAGAAUGAUCUUGAGUUGGCCGAGGACGAGGCGGAGGACGCGCGUCGCGCUAGCAAGGAAGCGCGCGAGAGGUUCCUGGGUCUGAAGAAGAAGCGCUGCGAGCUGUUCAACAAGGCGUACCAGCACAUGUCCGGGUGCAUCGACCGCAUCUACAAGGAUCUCACGAAGCAGGCGAAUGGGCAGGGUGGCGGAAUGGCUUUCCUCUCGCUCGAGGACAGCGAGGAACCAUACCUCGCGGGCGUCAAGUACAACACGAUGCCUCCUGGCAAGCGCUUUGUUGAGAUUGAGCAGCUGAGUGGUGGUGAGAAGACAAUGGCGGCCCUUGCGCUGCUGUUCUCUAUCCACAGCUUCCACCCUGCGCCAUUCUUCGUGCUCGACGAGGUCGAUGCAGCGCUGGACCCGACCAACGUGUCCAAGUUGGCGCGCUACGUACGGCAGCAGGCUGAGAAGAAGGUCCAGUUCCUGAUCAUCUCUCUCAAGUCGACGCUGUGAGUGGCUCCGUCAUGUGGCGUCUAACCCUGCAGGUAUGAGCAUGCGGACGGUCUCGUGGGUGUGUACCGCGAGCAGGUGCAGAAUUCGUCACGGACACUGACGUUGUCCCUGCGCGAGGUGAGUUGUGUCGCUGGGGGAAUUUUCAAGUGUAUGCUGACGACUAGUACGAGUAAAAAGCGGGGGCGAGUCGCGUCGUGUAUUACCAGCUGUAGCCGCCAAAGAGG